AAUUACAAUAUAAGUUUUCUAUCUCCUAAUACUCAACCCUCUCUCCCUAAUCCAAACUCUUUUUUUAUCAAAUUAAGAAUAACCCACUAUUCUUUGGAUAAUUCUGUUACUUGGUCUCUCUCCUUUGUUGGAUUUGGUUUUCUUCGUAUUCAGCCAAAUCAAAGAAAUCCCAGUUCUUAUACCGAAUUUUCGUAGUUGUUAUUCUUCUGGGAAUAGAAUAAGAAAAGCUGCGACUUUCUUCUACUGGAGAGAAUCAAAUCACUUACCAGAGUUCCAAUUUUCGUUUAUUUUUAUUGCGACAAGGGAUUGGAGGGUUUCAAUUUAUUCUGGAUUUGAGCUCUAUUGUAAUGGUAGGGAAUAUAAUGCUAUAUGUCAUCAACUUGAUUGAGGUGGAAGGAAGUUGUUGAGAGUUGAACUCUUGACAUUAUGGAAAAUUCAUAUGAAAGUUCAAACGGACACAGACCAUCUGAUAAUGGACUCAUGCCUGGGAGUCAUCAUCCUCACAAGCCCAAGGUUUCAUUACCUUGGCUCGAUUUAAAAGUUUUUUAUGUUAGAAUCAGCAGAUGCGUACUUGAUGAUUCCACUCCCGAGUACCUCACUUUAAAUCAUGUUCCUCUGGAUCCUGACACCCUUCUUGAAGUUAAUGGUGUUAGGACCAGUAUUUAUUCAGAUGGGGAAACGACCCUUCUUCGAAGGGAUCGAUUAGAUAAGAAAUCUGAAGAAGUAACAUUUGUAAGCACUGACAAUAUAAGGAUUACUGGAAGUGUGAAAUUCGAGGUCAUUGAUAAGGAUGUCCUUUUGCUAUCUGGGGUCUUAGAUUUGUGUAAUAGUAAUGGUUUCCCUAGGGAAUCAAAUCACGGCCAAAGAUGGAUCAUGGAUUGUGAAUCAAAUAUAAUUGUUGGGACUGGCUUCCUCAAAGGGAAGCAAUUGAUGGCUGCAGACACUGCUUCACCAACAAUUGAGGUAUAUAUUGCCGGGUCAUUCUUUGGAACUCCACUUAUCUUAACAAAGACUUUACAACUUUGUUCUAAAAAGAAGCAUACAAGGAUGGCACUGUUAGAUUCAAUACCCGAGUACGAGACAACACAAGACCAGAAAGAAGCUCCUUCCAGGCUAGCAUUGCAGUGUCAAAAUACGCAGGUGGCGGAAUACCAGCACCAAAAACCAGAGAGUGAAGACUAUAGCAUGUACUCGGGGGCAGCAUACUUAGAAGGUGAAGAUGGAGAGCUUUCAUGGUUCAAUGCUGGUGUGAGAGUAGGUGUUGGCAUUGGCCUCAGUGUAUGUCUAGGAAUCGGAAUUGGAGUUGGCUUACUGGUUCGUACGUACCAAGGCACCACCAGAAACUUUAGAAGACGUCUUUAGUAAUCCACAAAUUUUCCCCUUUGUCAUUGUAGCAGCAAAAGUCCCGAAAGAUCCAAAUUUCGACAUCAAAAGUGGUUUCUAUCACAUAGCAUUUCUUAUUCAGGGCUCGCAUUUGAGGAUAGGUGCAAGCAGUUGAUGCUUCCUACUUGUAUUCUUUUUUUGGUUUUUUGUUUUUUUGUUUUUUUGACCUUUUUAUGGGGUUUGGUUAUAUAAUAAAUGGUCUCUGUUUAAAGUGUAUAGUGAUGAAAGCAGAAACAUCUGCUGAACUUGAUUUUCAAGGGAAUGAGUCUUUUAAAGUUACGAGUUACAGGUUUCACGUAUCUACUCCUAGUGCCUAGUGAAAUUCGUUUGUUAGCGUUCCACACUUGUGGUUUGUUAUCUUCUUGUCAGAGAUGUUUAUAGUAAUGAAAUUUUGAUAAUGGAGAGAUUAUCGGAUGACCACA